UUCUUGAAGUAAAAACCCCCCCAAUUUAUUUCUAUUUCCUUCAAAGAAAAUGGCAAUUUUUAUGUAGACAAUCUAGUCACAGAUCCAUUAUCCAUCAAAGACGUUCGAUUUACGACUUGGGUUUUCCCUUAAUUUUCUUUUUAUAAGCUUCCAACAAGUUUCUCCAACGUAUUUUUGACCAUGGAGCGUCGAGGAUCGAUGAUGGCUAAACUUCUUCUAGGGUUUAUGUUACUGAGCUGCAUGUAUCAUCAAUCAGCAAUGGGUAGGUUUGUAGUGGAAAAAAACAGCUUAACAGUUACUUCUCCUGAAAACAUUAAGGGUAAUCACGAUAGUGCCAUUGGCAACUUCGGUAUUCCUCAGUACGGUGGUAGUAUGGCCGGUACGGUGGAUUACCCUAAAGAAAACAAGAAAGGUUGUCGAAAGUUCGACGAAUUUGGGAUCUCUUUUAAAGCAAAUCCUGGUGCCUUGCCUAAAUUUGUGUUGCUCGAUCGUGGAGAUUGCUUUUUUGCUUUGAAGGUUUGGAAUGCCCAAAAUGCUGGUGCUUCUGCAGUUCUUGUAGCAGAUGACAUUGAUGAAGCACUGAUAACCAUGGAUAGGCCAGAAGAGGAUGGUGCUUCUGCGAAGUAUAUUGAGAAUAUAACAAUCCCAUCAGCAUUAAUAGCCAGGAGUUUCGGUGAAACGUUGAAGAAAGCAAUCAGUAGCGGGGACAUGGUAAAUGUAAACCUUGAUUGGAGAGAAUCUGUUCCACAUCCUGAUGACCGCGUUGAAUAUGAGCUAUGGACAAACAGCAACGAUGAGUGUGGAGUUAAAUGUGAUAUGUUAAUGGACUUUGUGAAGAAUUUCAAGGGUGCAGCACAAAUUCUUGAAAAGGGUGGCUAUACUCUAUUCACCCCUCAUUACAUAACCUGGUAUUGUCCUCAGACAUUCACGAUUAGUAAACAGUGCAAAUCGCAAUGCAUAAAUCAUGGAAGGUACUGUGCUCCCGAUCCUGAACAAGAUUUCAGCACAGGUUAUGAGGGAAAAGAUGUGGUUCUUGAAAACCUAAGGCAAUUAUGUGUGUUCAAAGUGGCAAAUGAGACUGAAAAGUCAUGGAUUUGGUGGGACUAUGUCACUGAUUUUCAAAUAAGGUGUCCCAUGAAUGAGAAGAAAUACAACAAGGAGUGUGCUGAUGAGGUUAUCAAAUCCUUAGGGCUUGAUUUGAGUAAGAUUGACAAGUGUAUGGGAGACCCUAGUGCGGAUUCUGACAAUCCUGUCCUCAAAGAAGAACAAGAUGCCCAAAUUGGGAAGGGGUCAAGAGGUGAUGUGACCAUAUUGCCUACACUUGUUGUUAAUAACAGACAAUACCGAGGAAAGUUAGAGAAAGGUGCUGUUUUGAAGGCCAUUUGCUCUGGUUUUGAAGAAACAACUGAGCCGGCUGUUUGUCUGAGUGAUGAUGUCGAAACAAAUGAGUGCUUGGAAAAUAAUGGUGGCUGCUGGCAUGAUAAAGCUGCCAAUGUCACUGCAUGUAAGGACACAUUUCGUGGGAGAGUUUGUGAGUGCCCUUUGGUUGAUGGAGUACAGUUCAAGGGAGAUGGUUAUACCUCCUGUGUAGCAAGUGGACCAGGGCGUUGUAAGAUCAAUAAUGGAGGAUGUUGGCAUGAAAGCCGAGAUGGGGAUUCAUUCUCAGCUUGUUUGGAUAACGAGAAUGGGAAAUGUGCAUGUCCAUCAGGAUUUAAAGGCGAUGGUGUCAAAAGCUGUGAAGAUAUUGAUGAAUGCCAAGAGAAGAAAGCAUGUCAGUGCCCGGAAUGCAGUUGCAAGAAUACCUGGGGAAGCUACGAGUGCACUUGUAGCGGUGACCGUCUGUAUAUCAGAGACCAUGAUACCUGCAUAAGUAAGACUACUGCUGAAGGUAAAUCUUCAUGGACUGUCGUAUGGGUCGUUUUAUUGGGGUUAGCAAUGGCUGCAGGUGGAGCAUAUCUUGUAUACAAGUAUAGAUGGAGGUCAUACAUGGAUUCAGAGAUCAGAGCUAUCAUGGCACAGUACAUGCCUCUCGACAACCAAAGUGAAGCUGUGAAUCAUGCAAACGAGAAUCGUGCUUGAAAAAGUCAUAAUCAUCCCUCGGAGGAGUUAGUUCAGGUAGUGGAUAAUCUUUACACAUAUCUGUAUACAGUUACAGUGACGGACGAUCAGUAAAAUGCUAGUGGAGAAAACCUGGUCCUGCUCCGAUUUGAAUUGGAUUUGGAGGACGAGAUUCGAGUAGAAAUGCGUACUAA